GCCCGCAUGGCCCCCGUCUGCUGCCCGGCUAAAGCCCUGAUGCUCAUGUUCGCCGGCCUGCUGGCCGUCGGCCUCGGCUCCCCGGAGCCCGACGCACCCUCGGGGAACCGCGCCCGGGAGGAGCCGCCGCCCGAGAACGAGCUGCCCGCGGGGUUGGGGGAGGCCAGGGGACUGGGGCCCUCAGAGGAGCCCUCAGAGCCCAGCAGCGAGCGAGCGCACAGCAUCGACCCCCGAGAUGCCUGGAUGCUCUUUGUCAGGCAGAGUGACAGGGGCGUCAACAGCAAGAGGGGGAGCAGAGGCAAGGCCAGGAAGUUGAAGCUCGGCCUGCCGGGGCCCCCAGGGCCCCCUGGCCCCCAGGGUCCUCCAGGCCCCAUCAUCCCCCCUGAGGUACUGCUCAAGGAGUUCCAGCUGCUGCUGAAAGGCGCGGUGCGCAAGCGCGAGUGCGCGGAGCCCGAGCUCUGCGCGCGCAGCCCCACCCGGGUCCCCGCCGCCCCCCGGGAGGAGGAAGAGGAGGAGGCGGCGGCAGGGGGCGCGGGCCUGCUGGCCCUGCUGGCCGCACCCCUGGCCCUGGGCCCGCGGGCGCCGCGCGUCGAGGCCGCCUUCCACUGCCGCCUGCGUCGGGACGCGUCGGUGGAGCGGCGCGCGCUGCAUGAGCUCGGCGUCUACUACCUGCCCGACACUGAGGGCGCCUUCCGCCGCGGCCCGGGCCUGAACCUGACCAGCGGCCAGUACACGGCGCCCGUCGCCGGCUUCUACGCGCUCACCGCCACGCUGCACGUGGCGCUCGCAGAGCAGCCGAGGCGGGGGCCACCACGUCCCCGGGACCGCCUGCGCCUGCUCAUCUGCAUCCAGUCCCAGUGCCAGCACAACGCCUCCCUGGAGGCUGUCACAGGGCUGGAGAGCAGCAGUGAGCUCUUCACUGUCUCGGUAAACGGUGUCCUGUACCUGCAGACGGGGCAGUACACUUCCGUCUUCCUGGACAACGCCAGCGGCUCCUCCCUCACAGUGCGCAGUGGCUCCCACUUCAGCGGUGUCCUCCUCGGCGUGUGACUGGCCCCAGGCCCUUCCUCUCGCCGGGCAAAUGGUGCAGGAGUGUGAACAAUUUCGGGGCAGUGUCGGAGCGACAGGGGCCACGUUCAGGAGGAAGCCCACUGGAACUGCCCACACCAGCCACUGCAGGCUGCCCGGGGAGGUGACGUACAAACCCGCAGCUCCAAAACUGGAAAUGACUUCAGGAUUCCACCUUUCAAAAGGGAAAAGCCCUCCUGGGCUGUUAUUCAGGAGACGUUUCAGCGUGCCCAGGAGAACUGGCUCUGCCCCUCCUGGCCCCAUUGGGCAACUUGCGCAGGCAGCCUCAGCCUUGUUGCUAUGGCCCCACCCCACCUUUUCCAUCUUAGUGUUCUCAUGGGCUGCCUGCUGGGAGUGCCAGCCUGCAGGGGAGAGGGUGCUCAGCCUGCCCGGGUGCCCUGAGUGGAGGAGGGGCAGCCUGCACAGGGCUGAAGGCCACCCUGCUCCACGGAGAGCGAGGCGAAUGGCCUGGCUGGCUUGGGCCGCAGCCUUCCCACUGCUCCCUCAUCUCCACCUGGGGCUCCCUGGUCCCCACCUGCCCCUCUCCCAGUCACGCCUUUCGCCUGUCGUGGGCCUCAGGGCACUGCUUGGCCUGCAGGACUAUCCUUGUGGUCCCUGAGCAUAGCAGCCUCGGGCACUGGAGAGACACUGGAUGGGGGCUGAUGGGACUCUGGUGAGAUCUGGACCCCGGCAUUUCUACGGAGCUGCAGCCUCCUCUCCUGUGCAGAUCCUCGCCUAGACAAGGUUCCUUGUCCCAUCCCCCCGAGGCGCUGGCUCAGUGCUAGAACCCACCAACCAGAUGGAAGAGCUGGAACAUCCUUGCAGAUUAGGGAGGGCCAGGCCCUGCCCACCCAUCUGACCAGCAGAGCUUCCCACAGGCAGACAGCUACUCGGGGCCCGGCCAUGGCCUAGCUGGGUCCUCCAGCUCUGGUGUCCUUGAAAGCAUCUUCUCCACUUGGGUGGACAUGUGGCCCUGAGCUCAGCUGGGUGGAGAUGGUGCCAAAAAAAGAGCUGGUCUUGGGGAGGUUGGGUUCUAAGUCCUCCACGCUCCUGUAGCAGUGAUGGGGGGGUAGUCUGUUCCUAAGAAGACAAGGGUGUCUGCCUGCAGCACUUUGGGAGUUUCUGCCAUUUCUUCCAAGAUGCAGGGCCCCCCAGUGCCUGCUGAGGUUACCGCAACCCCUGUCCCUACACACACCAGGCUACAGGAAUGUGGUGGCCUGAGGGCCACACUGGUCUUGGCAAGGGCAUCUUCAGGCCUGGGGGAGAAGGGGGCAUUGGCUGCCAUCACCUUUCACCUUAACCUUGGGGUGAGCCAGUGCCUGUGGCCAGGCCUGAUGGUUCCCCCCAGGAGCCCUAAGCAUCCAGCCCCACAGUCGGCACCCGACAUCGCACAGCUGGGGGACCCCGGGCACAGUGCCUUUUGGCAGGCCUGGCAUAGUUCUCAGUAGGGCUCCUACCCGCCCUACCAGGAAGUGCCAGCUGGCCGGUGCCCUGUCUCCCCAGGCUCUUUGAUAAGGGCGGUGUGGCCACGCCCUUUUCUGGAUUUCACUUUGUAUCCAGUGGGCACAGAUAUUUUAGAGAAGCUAUCUUUUACCCUUGAAAAGCCACAGCUUUCACUUUCUCAGUGUAAGCGUGUUACACAGCAAUUUAUUGAAGUAGUUAUUGUAUAAUGUUGCCAGGUGGAAUAUUCUUAUAUACUUGUAUAAAACUGACUUUGAGAAUUAUUUUGUGAUUAUACAGAGUUAACAAAAGGCAGACCUUAAAACACAGACUAAGUCAUUUAGGCCAAGCUAAGGAGGGAGGCAUGAACUCCGGGAGAGGGGGCAGGAGGAUGGCCUCCAGCCUGUGGGGACCCUCGCCCCGCAGAAGGUGGCAGGGGAGGGCCUCGCCAGGGAGCCCGGCGCCAAGCCUCUCCCACCUCUAGGACAGCAGCGCUCGGGGAACUAGGGACACGUGAGUCAGACUGAUGCCUGGUUUGCUGUAGCGAGAUGUUUACUGAAUAAAUU